AGUGCUUGAGCAGACAGCGGUACCGUCUCCGUGAUCGGACCUCGCGCGGUCAACCUGAGGAACUGAGGCAUGGGACCGGCGCGGCACACGCCCUCUACGUCACCAAGUUGAAGUCUCAAAGUGAAGACGCUCAACUUUCCUGCCUUCACUUCGUCCCCUGUCCCGCUGCCGGCGCCUCCGUCCGUCCACCGCUGCGGAGGCUCAGAGGAAACAUGCUCAUGAACUCACGGAAUAUUUCGCAACCUUUGAUCCACUGACGCCCCUCUAUCACAGACUUGCCUCUAAAAUGGCCCAGCAGAACCAGACCUGUCAUUAUAAUGAGUCCAUGGGCUUCUUCUAUAACAACAUUGGCGCUGAUGAUAAAUGGGACAAAACUCAGCUCAUCCUCGUCCAGGUGGUGGGCUCACUCUUCUGCUGUUUCAUCCUGGUCUCCAACGCCAUGGUGAUAGCUGCUGUCAUCACCAACAAGAGGUUUCACUACCCUUUCUACUAUCUUCUUGCUAACCUCGCUGCCUCGGAUUUCCUCGCUGGCAUAGCGUACGUGUACCUCAUGUUUAACACGGGCGAGGUGUCGCGGCAGCUCACAGUUAAAGGAUACUUUAUCCGCCAAGGCCUGCUGGACAUCAGUCUGUCAGCCUCACUGUCUAACCUGCUGGUAAUAGCACUGGAGCGCUACAUCUCCGUCAUGAACUGGAAAGUCCACAGCAACCUGACAAAGAGGAGGGUGACCCUGCUGAUCGUGCUUGUGUGGGCCAUCUCCAUCCUCAUGGGGGCCGUGCCCAGUCUGGGCUGGAACUGCAUCUGCAACCUGAGUGAUUGCUCCCAGCUGGCUCCCAUCUUCAGCAGGGGCUACCUGGUCUUCUGGUCUGCGUCUAACCUGGUGGUGUUCCUGGUCAUGGUGGCAAUCUACAUGAGGAUCUACACCUACGUCAAGAAGAAGACGUCGGUGCUCAUGCCGCACACAAGCGGCUCCAUCAACCGCAAGAGGACGCCUAUUAAGCUCAUCAAGACAGUGAUGGUCGUGCUUGGGGCCUUUGUGAUCUGCUGGACCCCCGGCCUGGUUGUUCUCCUGCUGGAUGGCCUCAACUGUAAGAGUUGUAACGUCAUGAAAUUAAAACGAUGGCUGCUGCUCCUGGCCGUACUCAACUCCGUCAUGAACCCUUGCAUUUACUCUUACAAGGACGAGGAAAUGUGGACAACGUUCAAGAACCUCAUGCGGUGUAUUGGAAACGGUACUCGGCGGCAGCGGUCAACGAAGGCCAACGCCAGGCCGCUCAGCUCUGGUCAGGACACGGGCACCAGCCACCUCCCGCCAGAGGAGAUAAAAAAUGAUGAUCAGCGUAUACUGAAGACCUGAAAAUGGAACUCGCUAAGAACUUUGCAGAACUCAUGUCCAGCUUCGACUGGACGUACCUUAUGAAGAUAUAAGAACAUAAGAUACAGACUGGAGAUGACUUGAAAGAGAGACAACACAUUUUGUCUCCAGUUGGUCUCCAGGAAGUUAUUGUCGUCCUCAGAUUAAAAGUACUUUCUCGAAGAGACACUGCAGGCCCGCUGCUCCAGUGUGGAGCUGAGGCUGGGGUGAGAUGAAGAGACUUUGAUGCACUAAUAAUGACACAUGACUCUCAUUUAUAAGUAGUGAGAGAUUGCUGAUGCUGUUUCAUCCUGCUUUUUUGUCUUCCUCAUCACAUCCCUGUGGGUUAUUUGAUCUUGGAUGACACUCUGCUCCAAUAGCUCUAGAAAGACCCGGUAUGAGGUACACAGCGGUACAUUUCUACUUUUACCUCAAAAAGGGGUAAAAAUCAUGUAAUGGGUGAUUUUUUUUCACCCUAAUAUAAUUUUUUGUAAAGUUUUAAUGAAUGAACUAGUCAAGAAAUAUAACUUGUUUAUAGUCAGGUACUAUAAAACUGUAGGUGUGCUUGAAUAGGGCAUGGUUUUAAUGAUUAUUUCCUGUUGUUAAACACAGCCAAUGAAAAAUACUGUAAACUGCUGUACUGUAUGCCUCUACUUGUACCUCCUGUAAUAUGUAAUAAUUUCAACUGUGUGAUAUAGCUAGCAUGCUCGGUGAGACCUGAUUUUUUUGGCCAUUUUCACCCAGUUUUACUUUGUAAAGCAGUUUUGCCUGUGGAGAACAGAUAACAGCGUCACUCCUCUCUAGUCAGAUAUGUCCUCUUUUAUCAGCUCGCCUAAACAUACAUAACCCCCGCCUGCAGCACCUCAUGCAGGCGAACUUGUUCUCCCUGUAGCAUUCUUACACAUCCGCCUCAACACCCUGAACUCAGAGGCUGCUGUCAUGCUGACGAAACAGCUGCUCAUCUGAGAGUGGAGGGGUGGUUGUAAGGUUAUGUUGCAACACACUGGAUUCUUGCAGGAAGUUCAGCAUACACUUUGUGCCUGCAGGAACCGAAGAGGAUAUGACUGAAUAGACUGUAACCGCCACCCCCACCCCCACC